AUGGCUGCGCCGCGCCCGUCUCUCUUCACCCGCGGCCUGUCGGGCCUGUCGCAGAGCUCCGACCCCAACUCGCCCAGCGUGAGCUCGCCCGCCGAGUCGCGCGACGAUGCCAAGCGCAACUUCCUCAAGACCAUGCGCCCGCUGCCGACGCAGCACUACUGGCACGUCUACUUUGAUCGACAAGCCAAGGACCAGAAGAAGCCCGACGACGGCAGCUACCAGGCCGAGCUGGAGCAGCUCGGCACGCAGAUCGAGUCGGUGCAGGACUUUUGGCGGUACAACAACAACACCCCCGUCGAGCAGAUCAAGAUGCGCGAGUCCAUCUACCUCUUCAAGUCGGGCUUCCGCCCCGUCUGGGAGGACCGCCGCAACAUCAACGGCGGCAGCUGGACCUUCCGCAUGCCCAAGAGCAUCGGCCCGGACUUUUGGACCCGCGUGCAGCUGCUGGCCAUUGGAGAGAAGCUCGAGAGUGUGCUAGAUGAUGGCGACCAGCUCUGCGGCGUCGGCCUCUCGGUCCGCUUCAACUCGCACCUCAUCUCCAUCUGGCACCGCGAGAGCUCCAAGCAAAAGUCCGUCGACGGCCUCCUGCAGGCCGUCCUCGAGGAGAUCCCCGCCGAGCUGCGGCCCAAGCCCGAGAACUACUUUUACAAGAAGCACUCUGACCACGCCGGCUUCAAGGCCCCGCCCGAGCUGCAGGCCGUGCUGGACUCGCAGAAGAAGCGCGAGGCCAUGGCCGCUGCCGCUGCCGCCGCCGCGGCCAAGCAGGAGGUGGAUGGCAAGACCAAGACGGAGGAUGGUGGUGAGGCUGCGGGCGACGUGAAAGCUUGA